AUGGAGGGAAAUAGUGAGCGGAAGCCUCAUCUUGGGAUCGAAGAGGGCAAGCAAGACCCAGUAUCAACAAUUGGCACGUCGUCUCUCUGGUACGAGUACUGUGCGUCAGAAUACCCGAUGAAUAUUGAUAUACAAUCCGACGUCUACUUGGACUUUGAUGGUGCAAGAUAUACACGCGCUCUCGCCACAAAUUCGAGCUAUAUGAUACGGUUUUUUCUAGCCGCUCCAGACACUGCUUUCAGUAUGAACCCUGUGUUUCAUCGUACAAAAAGUUUUGCCCUAGUUUGA